AUGGCCAUGUAUGUGUUGUGGUAUUGGGUACACACAGGAGAGAAUCUGUAUUCUUGCUCUGACUGUGGAAAGAGUUUCUCCCGAUUGGAUACCUUAAAAAGUCACCAAUUAAUACAUAAAGGACAGAAGCCUUACUCCUGCUCUGACUGUGGGGUGAGUUUCUCCCAAUUGGGCCACUUAAUAACACACCAACGUAUACACACAGGAGAGAAGAAAAACUCCUGCACUGACUGUGGGAAGAGCUUUACAACAUCACAAGCUCUGACAUUUCAUAAGAGAGUGCACACUGGAGAUAAGCCUUACUCCUGCUCUGACUGUGAGAAGAGUUUCUCCCGAUUGGGCAACUUAAAAACACACCAACGUAUACACACAGGAGAGAAGCCUUACUCCUGCUCUGACUGUGGAGAGAGUUUCUCCCGAUUGGGCAACUUAAAAACCCACCUACGUAUACACACAGGAGAGAAGCCUUACUCCUGCUCUGUCUGUGGGAAGAGUUUCUCCAUAUCGGGCAACCUAACCCACCAAUGUAUACAUAAAGGAGAGAAGCCAUUCUCCUGCUCUGCCUGUGGGAAGAGCUUCUCCAUGUCAGGCAACUUGAAAACCCACCAACGUAUCCAUAAAGGAGAAAAGCCUUACUCCUGCUCUGACUGUGGGAAGUGCUUCACAACAUCAACUGAGCGAAAAAAUCAUCAAAGAAGACACACAGGAGAGAAGCCUUCCUUCUGCUCUGACUGUGGGAAAAGUUUCUCCCAAUUGACUACUUUAAAAACACACCAACGUAUACACACAGGAGAGAAGCCAUACUCCUGCACUGACUGUGGGGCGAGUUUCUCCCAAUUGUGCCACUUAAAAAGACAUCAACGUAUACACACAGGAGAGAAGCCGUACUCCUGCACUGACUGUGGGAAGAGCUUCACAACAUCACAAGCUCUGACAGUUCAUCAGAGAGUACACACUGGAGAGAAGCCUUACUCCUGCUCUGACUGUGGGAAGAGUUUCUCCCAAUUGCAUGCCUUAAAAAGUCACCAACUAAUACAUAAAGGACAGAAGCCUUACUCCUGCUCUGACUGUGGGAAAUGCUUCAUUAACUCAUCUCAAUUAACCAUUCAUCAGAGAGUGCACACUGGAGAGAAGCCUUACUUCUGCUCUGACUGUGGAAAGAGUUUCUCCCGAUUGGAUACCUUAAAAAGUCACCAAUUAAUACAUAAAGGACAGAAGCCUUACUCCUGCUCUGACUGUGGGAAUUGCUUCAUUAAAUCAGCUAAAUUAACCAUUCAUCAAAGAGUGCACACUGGAGAGAAGCCUUACUCCUGCUCUGACUGUGGGAAGAGCUUCACAACAUCAAGGGCUCUGACAGUUCAUCAGAAAAUGCACACUGGAGAAAAGCCUUACUCCUGCUCUGACUGUGGGAAAUGCUUCAUUAAUUCAGCUAAAUUAACCAUUCAUCAGAGAGUGCACACAGGAGAGAAGCCUUACUCCUGCUCUGACUGUGGAAAGAGUUUCUCCCGAUUGGAUACCGUAAAAAGUCAUCAAUUAAUACAUAAAAGACGUAAGCCUUACUCCUGCUCUGACUGUGGGAAGAGUUUUUCUCCACUGGGCAACUAAAAACCCCACCAACAUAUACAUAAAGGAGAAAAGCCUUGCUCCUGCUCUGACUUUGGGAAAUGCUUCAAAACAUCAGGUAAAAGUUAAUCGUUGAACACACACAGGAGAGAAGCCUUACCACUGUGACUGUGGGAAGAGUUUCUCCAGAUUGAAUACCUUAAAAACACACCAAUAUAAACAUGAAGGAGAGAAGCCUCAUCAGUUGACUCAGACCAGUUAAGAUUAAAGUCACUCCAUCACUUCAUUCUCACCUCAUAAAGGAAGUGGUAACAGUGAAUUUGAUAACAGUAAGAAAGCAUAUGUGAGUGAAAAAGUGCGUAUUUACCUGCUUUAUUGAUUAUAUCUGUAUGAAUGUUGAUAGUUAACAACUAUGUGCUUGGCAAUAGUAAGAUGUCUUACUGUUGCUAGGGGAUUUCAUAACUGCUGUGAUUUUCACAAGGAUGGUUCCCUUUAGCUUCCCACAGCUGGUCUAGGCGUAUAGUUAAGGACAUAGUGUGAUUCGGGAUAGAGAUAGCGUGAGGAACAGAACAGACCUGUUAUUGUUUUCAGUUAUCUUUGCUUCUGAGAAACUUGGUCACGUGGCCAAAGACAAAGAGCCUCUCAGAGUGACCACAGUUUUUCAGUCCAUUCUGUUAUUUUCGUAUCUUUCAAGGGCAGUGUGGAGAUAUGAAGAGAACAGAGGCUAGCUUGAGCAGAAAGGAGUAACAGAACGUUAUCACUUGUUUGUGCUGUAUGAUCUCACACACCUGAUACACAUAACCACAAGAUGAACACAAGGUAGCUCGUGAUGCCCCGAUCUGCCGGGGAGGGGUGGAACCAGCCAUGACACAGCAUUUUUAGGUCUACUAUAUAAGACCUCUGUAUUUUCUGUAUUAUUGGGCACUAUUAUUGACCAGCUCCAUUAUUGCAAUUCUUAAAUAAAGCUGGAAGUUAGUUUGUUGGAAGAAAUCUCUGUCUCUCCCCAUUUGGUUAGAAUUUCCACCACAAGUUGCACACCAUUGCUUCUCACUGUGCAGUGGAAAGGGAGCGUUUUAUACAAUGUUAGCCUCUACUUUACUGAUCAAUGUGUUUUGUUAGCUUCUACUGUAGAGAUAUUGAGAUCACCUUGGAUUUGCCCUGAGGUUGAAAACUCUCUGAGGUUUCUCACAUUGAAUCAAUAGUCUGAGGGUUGACUGUGUGGUACUGCUUCCAUCUAAAGUUUUCUGUGGGAAUGAACUUGAAGACACAACAUGUAUCAGACAGAGAUGGUGUGAUGAGCAGUUUUCAGCAUUAAUUUGGCUGGAUUAUUUUUUGCUACUAAAUGACUAUUUGUUUAAUGAUACACAGGCUAUGAAAUGACUACAUUUAUUUAUGAAAUGUGUCUUUUAAAACUAGAUUUGUUAUUUUAGUCAUUGAUGACGAAUGUGUUUGGAUAACUGCAUUGAACUUAAUGAUCUGCAAAUGAAAAAUAAAGUGUGUACAUGUA